AUGGGGCAUUUCAACUUUCUUCCUCUAGUUUCAUUCACAAUCUUUGUUCUUGUCGUUGUUCUUGUUUCUGCUCAAGACCAAUCAGGUUUUGUCAGUAUAGAUUGUGGUAUACCGGAAGAUUCAAGCUACAAUGACGAGACAACAAACAUAAAGUACAUUUCAGAUGCAGCGUUUGUCGAGUCUGGGACAAACCAUAGCAUCGGUCCUGAGUUUCAGAUAAAUUCUCUUGAGAAACAGUUCUACAGUUUAAGGAGUUUUCCUGAAGGAAAGAGAAACUGCUAUGAGGUGAAGCCUACACGAGGGAAAGGCUUCAAGUAUUUGAUCAGAACCCGUUUCAUGUAUGGUAACUACGAUAACCUUGGGAAAGCACCCGAGUUUGAUCUUUAUCUUGGAGUCAAUCUCUGGGAUUCUGUUAAAAUAGAUAAUGCAACUAUGAUAAGUACGAAAGAGAUCAUCCACACGUUACGUUCUGACCAUAUUCAUGUGUGUCUUGUUGAUAAAGAAAAAGGAACUCCGUUCCUGUCCGUGUUAGAACUCAGGCUUCUGAAGAACGAUACAUAUGAGACUCCUUAUGAUUCGCUUAUGUUGUAUCAAAGACUGGAUUUGGGGGCUUACGGCCUUCUUCCUAUCAGGUACAAAGAUGAUGUGUAUGACCGUAUAUGGAUGCCUCUAAGGUUCUCAAAUCAUGCAGUACUCAACACGUCCUCCCCAAUAGAUUCAAACAUGAACAACGAUUUCCAGCCUGCUAACGUUGUCAUGAGCACUGCUUCAACACCAUGGAACGAGAGCCUAGACAUUGUUCUGUCAUGGAAACCACUUGAUCCAACGUGGAAGUUUUAUGUGUACAUGCACUUUGCUGAAGUUCGCCUGGAUUUCCCACGUAAUGAGACAGAGAAUAACUUGCCAACUCCAUUGCCACAGUUUAAAGGAAUCCCAAAGAGAGAGUUCUCUGUGUUUUGGAACAAGACAAAACUCUUCAAUGCCUUCAGUCCUCGCUUCUUAUAUACAGACACACUUUUCACCAAGGAUCCUGUCACAGGACCUAAACACGAGUUUUCUCUUCUGAGAACUGCUAAUUCGACGUUUCCACCCAGCAUUAACGCCAUGGAGAUCUAUCGCAUCAACGAGUUUCUUCAGUUACCUACUGAUCAGCAUGAUGUUGAUGCCAUUAUGAAUAUCAAGUCCAAGUAUGGAGUGAAGAAGAAUUGGCUGGGAGAUCCAUGUGCUCCAUUAGGCUAUCCCUGGCCCGGUAUUAGCUGUAGCUACCUCGACAAUGAGUCUCCAAAAAUCGUUUCGGUGAACCUUACCUUCAGUGGCCUGACUGGACAAAUAGAUCCAGCCUUCUCCAACCUUACAUCGUUACAGAAACUGGACCUGUCAAACAACAGUUUAACAGGAAACGUACCCGAGUUUCUUGCCGAUUUACCAGAUUUGAAGGAGUUAAACUUAGAGGGAAACCAGUUCACAGGCCCCUUUCCAAUAAAACUACUGGAACGAUCAAAUGACGGAUCGCUCUUGCUAAGGUUUAUAGACAAACCAGAAGCUUGCGUGUCUGCUUCGUGUCAAAAUACAAAUAAGAAGGAAGAGAAGACUGGAUAUAUCAUUCCAUUAGUAGCAUCCCUAGCAGGAUUGCUUGUUCUUUUAGCCGCAUUAGCUUUGUUCUGGCUGUUCAGGAAGAAAUAUCAAAGUACCACUGGUGUCAAGACUGGUCCCUUGGACUCAACAAAGCGAUACUACAAAUAUUCAGAAGUUGUUGGAGUAACAAAAAAUUUCCAGAGAGUUCUUGGUCAAGGAGGGUUUGGAAAAGUGUACUAUGGAGUCUUGAAUGGAAACCAAGUUGCAGUCAAAAUGCUAUCUGAAUCGUCUUCUCAAGGGUACAAAGAGUUUCGAGCAGAGGUCGAACUUCUCUUGAGAGUUCAUCACAAGAACCUAAAUGUUCUUAUCGGAUACUGCAAUGAAGACAAGCAUAUGGCACUGAUUUAUGAGUACAUGGCUAAUGGAACUUUGGGAGACUAUUUGUCUGGGAAAAACUCGAGUAUACUGAGCUGGGAGGAGAGGUUACAAAUAUCACUGGAUGCAGCACAAGGGCUCGAGUAUCUUCACAAUGGCUGCAAGCCUCCCAUAGUUCAAAGAGAUGUGAAACCAGCUAAUAUUCUGCUUAACGAAAAGCUCCAGGCCAAAAUCGCUGACUUUGGGUUAUCUAGAAGCGUUGCAUUGGAAGGUGGCAGCCAGGUCUCAACUGCUGUGGCUGGGACUAUUGGUUAUCUCGACCCUGAGUACCAUGCAACACAGCAACUAAGCGAGAAGAGUGAUGUAUACAGUUUUGGGAUGGUUGUUCUACAGGUAGUCACUGGUCAGCCUGUAUUUACACAUUCAAGAACACCAGAAAACAGACACAUAAGCAACUGGGUCGGAUUGUUAUUGUCCAAAGGGGACAUCAGAAGCAUCGUGGACCCGAGGCUAGAGGAUAGGUUCGAUGCUGGCGUGGCCUGGAAGAUUACGGAAGUAGCAAUGGCUUGUGCAUCUCAAAGCUCUGCUAAUAGGCCGACAAUGAGUCAAGUGGUGGCUGAGCUGAAGGAUAGUGUAAACAAAGCAAGGGCUAUUGGUGGUGGUUCCAGCGACAUUAGUCCUGAAGAGUCAACAAACAUGGUCUCUAUUGAUUUUGACUCAGGAAUGGUUCCUCAGCCGAGGUAA